AUGUCUCGCGCCCUGAGCGUCGUCCUCGCCUCGAGCCCGAGGAAGACGAACAAGUUAUCGUCAUCGACGAAGCGCGCGACGAUCGAUCGCGCCGGAGCUACGCUCACCAAGCUCCCGAGCUCCUUGGUCGACCGCUCGCCGUCGGUCGCGCUCGCGUACACCUACCUCGGCGACGCGGUGUGGGAGCUCUACGCGCGACAGCACAUGAUACUAAAGCGAGUGAAGUCAAACGAAGGCGCGAGUGGGAGCGGGCGGGCGAUCAGACCACAGGAAGGGGUGUCGAAGGGGUGGUGCAGCGCCAAGGCGAUGCACGCGCACUUGGGUCGAUUGCUGGAGCAGGAUUUUUUGAACGACGACGAGCUCGCGGUGCUAAAGUGGGGACGUGAUUUCGGACAUGAAUCGAGAGCGGGGCACAAGGGGGACGUGCAUCGCGACGCGAGCGCGUUGGAGGCGCUGGUGGCGUAUCUAUAUUUAUUUGACAACGAGAGACUGCACCAAGUGUUGGCGGCGUGCGGGAUGACGAUUUGCGGGAAGCCUUUGAGCGGUUUGACGGGCGUUGAUGACGCUAUAGUGGAAGCGAUGGAUGCGUUAAACGUUGACGAUUCUCUGCAAGUUAUCGAAUGA